UCCUGAAGAAGUUUGUUGCGUCUGAUGAAUAUUGGUUUUCGAAUAACAAAUCUUUGCUUUUUACGGUUUUGUCAAAUUAAAUCGCUUAUUCUUAUUGAAAUAUUCGUGAAGGUAAAGUUAGUAACGCGAAUGAAGUAGAGCUUUUUUUUGGGCAAAGUUGGUGUUAGCAAACAUUACCGAUAACUAACAUAAAUGGAGUCGGAGCGAGUGGAGGGCAGAACCACGCGAUCUCAAAAACACAACAGAGUCAACGGGAGAUGGGGGUCCCUCGCUCCCAUGGUCAACAGCUGCAAGUUGCACCUCACAAGUGUCAAGUCGAAGCCGGAGAGAGCCCACAAGACGUUUACCGUGUUACAGACUGACUCUCAGGGAGAAAAGAACACGCCUCCGUGCGACCCAGGUUGCUCGGGAGGAUUUAAAUUCAAUGCAGUCCCUGGUUUUCCCUUUCCUCGAUCAUCCUGUGACAGUUUUGCAUCCAGUUUUCAACGAAUCGACAUGGACAGGCGCUGUCUGGAGGAAUGCCCCCAGCUGGGCAUUAUGGAUGAACUGCAGCAUCUCAACCUCCAGCACAAUCAAAUUACGGGGAUCCGGCAUCUGUCACAUCUGCAACAGCUUGUUUUCCUGAACCUGUAUGACAAUCACAUCUCUGGAAUGACUGGCCUUGAAUCGCUGAGAUCUUUACGGAUCCUUAAUCUGGGGAAGAACAGAAUCCGGGAGAUAUGCUGCUUGGGAAGCCUGUCCCAACUGAACAUCCUGGAUUUGCAUGACAAUCAGAUCUGCAGGAUAGACAACGUGUCCCACCUGAGCGAGCUGCAAACGUUGAACUUGGCGGGAAACGGCAUAUCCAAAGUGGAAAACCUGCUGGGCCUGGACUGUUUGACUGAACUCAACCUGCGACACAACAGGGUGCUCUUCUCCCGUGGAGUGGACACAGUGAAGUGUUUGCAGGCAAGUUUGUUGUCCUUUGUGUCUAGUUUGGAUCAGCUAGCCUGCGUUGGACACUCGUGCUCCCUUUCCGAGCUCACGCUGGAUGGGAAUCCUGUAGCCCUGGAGACAUGGUACAAGCAGGCCGUCCUGCGCUGUGUGCUUCAUCUCAAACAGCUGGACAUGAAGCGAAUCACAGACGAGGAUCGGCGCAUGGCUGGUGUGCAGGCUCGAAAAGAGGAGGAGAAGAAGAGGGAGAGCCACAAGCAGACCAUUCAUAAGGAGAAGCGGCGUCUGGCGAUCCGUAAUGCAGCGCAGCAGUGGGAGGGCAUCAGGGCCUGCCUGGAACUGCCACCGGCCAACGGGGCUAAAGAAGAAGUCAGUCCGGAGAACAGCCCCGCCCACAGCCCCGCCCAGACCAAUGGCCUGGCACAGGAACCCUCUCCAGAUGAACCAAGACGUGUGAGCCCAGGGUCGGGACCAGAGCGGCCGUCGGCUGGAGCGGAGAGCAGACUGCGCAUCAACAGCCGCCCAAACAGCCCACGAGAUCCCAGGCUGGUGGAGGCGGGGAGCUGCAGUGUUCAGAGCUUGUCCCUCUCCGACAGCCACCUGGCGGAGCUGGACGGGGACACGCUGCGUCUGUUUGGCCCCGGAGCCCUGGAGGCCCUGGAGAGGGGCUGGGGAGUUCAGACCGCCGGCGCCGUCACUGUAAUCGCCUUCCGCUACAUCGACUUCAACGCCAUACUGCCAACACUGCCGCGAAUAAGGGUCAAGUUCCCGAACCUGUCGCACCUGAUCUUCCUGGAAGCCAACAUCAGCCGUCUGCCCCAGCUGGCGGCGCUGGCUCAGGUGAGGCGUCUCGACCAGCUGACCAUCCAGCCGGAUGGAAACCCCGUGGUCAGCCUGGCUCUGUGGCGCUCCUUCGCCGUGUACCGCCUCAACCACCUCAACCUGCAGAGGAUCAACGGCCAGGAGGUAACCAUGAAUGACGUGAUCGCCGCGGAGCGUGUGUUCGGCACGCUGGGUCACAUAGCGGCCACCGAAACGCCGCGUUGCCGCCUCCUCCUGCUGCUGGAGGAGUCCAGGAAGCGCCAGCUGCAGUUCCUGUUGGAGGGGCGUGGCCGGCGGGCAGGACUGAGUCCGGAGGAGCUGCGAGACAACGGGAAGCUCGUGGGAGAAGGCCUGAGCAGAGCGCUGUUCAACUACCCGAGCAGAGACUGCAGUGCAGAGAGCCCGGAGGAGGGCAGUGUGGAGUCAGCUGACCGCGCCGCCAUGGUAGAGCAGUACCUCCAGGAGUUGGUCCAAACGGCGUCCGACACCAACCUGAAGGGCGAGGCCCUGCACAAGCUGUGGCCCUCCAUGUUUGCAGAGAUGGUGCGGGACUGCGUGUUGGAGAUGAGGGACCGCGCAGCCUUCCGCCAAGCCAGCCUCGCCAAGCUCUCUGAGACCAAGUGAAGAGGACCAAAGCGUCACGCUUUAGACCAAACACACACACACGUGGACACACUCAUAACAAGCUCAUUCAUCUGUCUCGUCGUCACUCAGUAACUUAUCGCCGACCAGCAGUUGUUUCAUUCGUUGGAAACAGAAAGGUCUAUUUCCCAAAAGAGCGUGUAGCUCUGUAAGGAGAAGGCAAAGUGUUUUGGAGGAAUUAUCAUAAGAAAGAAUGUAGAUUUCCACAAUAGACAAUCUGUUGGACUCUUCGAUGCUUGAAACUGUGGUAUACUUGAAGACAGUGAAAGUCUUGAGUCACAGUGCAUUGUGGUCCCCUACUGAGCAAGCUGCACUGUCUGAAUGACCUCCCUCCGUGGCUUAAAUAACGUUCCAUGCAUCGCCCCCCUCUCACCUUCUCCCCUCAGAUGUAUAAAGAGACAGGAAUGACUUUUUCUUUGUUUACCACAGAUUUUCUGUAUUGUGCUUAGUAUUAAAAUAUUCUUUAUAAACACUA